AUGUCCGACGAUAUCGAACAUUUUAUAGAGUUGGUGAGAGGGAAACCUUUCCUUUAUGAUUUGAGUGACGAGGGCUAUAAAAAUCGUCAAAAAAAGGCAAAUGCUUGGACGGAAAUUGCCCAAGAAAUGGGUAGAGAAAAUAGUGAUUACUGGAGUUCAAAGUGGAAGACGCUUAAGGAUAACUAUAACAAGGUUAAAAAAACAAAACAAACGUCAACAGGUCAAUCCUACAAAAAAUAUAGAAAUUGGCCCUGGGCUGAGUUAAUGAGGUUUUUAGAUGAUGUUUCAUAUCAAAGGACACCUGCCUCAAAUAUAAACUUAUUAAGUCCAAAUACAACGCAGAAUUCUGAUUCGGUCAGUAAUCCUUCAGAAGACAUAUCCCUUGAUGAGGUUGAACAUAACCGUACCCCUAGUUUCCAAAAUGCCAUCUUUGAAGAUACUGAGAACAGCCGUGAUUCUGAAUCUCAAAAUUCUGAAAGUAGCCGUGCAUCCAGUUCUCAUGGACCUAUUUGGAGUGAGAGACUACAACUGAGAAGACAGAUAAUUAGUCCAGAAACACAAGCGGUGCUUGAUUAUAUUAAAAAAAAAGAGUCUCAAGUAAAUAAAAAAAGCUACGAUGAAGUAGAUUUAUUUUUCUUGAGCUACGCACAAAAUUUCAAAAGAUUACCAAGAAGGAGCCAAGCUUUAUUGAAAAUGGAUAUAGCAGGUCUAUUUACUCGAUAUGAGCUGCAAAAUGAAAACUGUAACACUGAAAAUAUGGCCGUUCAGAGUAACCCAUCAGUAUCAUCGGAUCAUAAUCCAAGCAUCCAAACAUUGACAAGACCUGAUGAUAGAGCUCGCGACUACUACGAGGCUGUAUCGCAAUCAAUUUUGGUAACUGGGGACUACACUAAUGAUAGUACAGAAUUUAAUUUGUAA